AAGUCCCAGAUACGACAUCAGGCAAUGCUGUUUUAGACUUUUAAUUUUGCUCAGAUUCAAUUUGGUUUAACCGUCAUUGAUCAAAGUGUUACAGUAAUGGAUAGAGAAAACAGGAGAAAUUCGAUUUUAAAGCCGGCUGUAAAUCAACAAUCAGUUUUUGAAUAUGAAGAAGAACAAACAGAAACCUUUACAUGUUAUCGACAGAAAUCCUUUAGAAAGCGAGUAAGUUUUGCUGGUAGGGAUGAAGUAAAAGAAUUCCAAGUUCAUGAAGUUUUGACCAUUGAUAAAUUGGAGAAAGCAUUGAACAAACUUCAGGAUGAAACACUGCUUUCAAACAUAGAUGCAUCUGGUUGGGAUUGCGAAAAGGAAAACAUUCUACAACAAACAGAAAAAAAGACUGAAUUCUUAAGUCAAUGUGAUGAUAUGGAAAUUACAAGUAUAACCACUGUUGAAAUUGGCCAAAACGGCAGUGUUGUUCAAGAAAUUGAAAUGGAGGUAUCAGCAUCUUCCCUUGCCCCACUGCAUGAUGUAACAGUGGUAGAAGACUGUGUCACUCAAGAAGAAUCAGCAACUUCCUCAAGAAUGAUUGUAAACAAAGAUAACUUUGCUUCCGUGAAAGAUCUCGGCAAUGAAACUUCAAUUCAAGAAAUGGAAAUGUCAGCCGUUCAGGAAGAAACUAGUUGUGCAUCCUUAAGUGAAAAGUUUGUUCAACCAAUGGAAGUGUCCCAGGAGUUCAGGGGGGUGGCAGUUGAAGAUUCAAGCCCUUGCCCCUCCAUCAUCUUAGAAGUAGAAACUGUUAAAGUUGCUACAAUAGGCAACCAAAUUAUUGAACUGGAAAGCAGCAGCACUCAGAAGAAAUUUACUUGUGUCCAUCAAGAAUCUGUUGAUGAAAUUAAAGAAACUGCAGUCAUCUAUCCAGAUUUCAGUUCAGAAGAGUUUGGUGAAUUUAUCUUGCUUGCCAAAAAGUUGAAUUGGAAAAUUGAAUUAUUUGAGAGUUUGUUGGUCCUAUCAAAGGUGAAAAAUUACCUUGUCUUAAAAUUCAAACUGGAUUGUGAAUAUAACCACCAAAAAGUUAAACAUUACAACAUUGAGGAUAUUGAUAUUGACACUAGGAAAGACGUGAAAGAUAAAUGGACCAGACUGGGAUUGGUGAUCCUAGAAAAUUCGUUAGAAAAUAGCAAUCUUAAAGAAAUAUGUUUGACCACACAAGAUUUACCGAAGUUGAUGCACAUCAUUGAAGAGUACACUCGCAUAUUUCUUGAUUUUGCCACGGAAGAUUCUCCGAAAUUUGAGUCAUUGGCUAACCCACGAUCAAUCAAAUUUGACACGGAUUAUUCGAAAUUUAACUUGACAUUUGAAUUAUCCAAUUUAGAGAAUCUCUCCUGGUUACGCAUUUCCUUAAAUCUAACUUCUGUUUUUCCUUUGUCAGCAAAAGAUGUAAUAAUUGAAAGUAUUUUGGGAACUGUUAACAAAACCGAAUUAACAAACAUGAUCUUUAACAUAAGACCAAGUAGUCUUUACUUGACUCGCAUUGCUGAAUGUAUUGAAGACUUCCUGAAAUUCCGUUCUACAAACAACAAACACAAAAUAUUGAACCGUGCACGUGAAUGAAAUUAUAUUAUGUAACUGCAUUAUCUUACUUUUUUCCUGAUAAAUUCAAACUUUCAUUGCC